CUGAAUUCAAGAUGGCGGCCUUGUUUCAAUGAUUAUUUUGUUUUGACAAUUGUUAUUUGAACGUUUAACCUGUAUUAUAAUUAAUGUGGAAAUGUUGAUUAUUAAAUUAUCUUUAGGAUAAAAGAGAUACAAAGCAACCGGGGCUGUAUAGUGUGUCGUGAAUCUAUGGAAAUAAAAAACCUUGAUGAACUUCAACGAGGCGACCACAUAGAAACUCCAAUCGAAUGCAUGUCAUGUUUUUGUAAACCAGUUGCAUUCCUUAUAACCCACCAUGCCAUUGUUGAAUCAGUUGAGAUGCCUAGUGACACAAUACCUCGUGGAUACAUAAACGUGAUUGACAUACCAACUAGACGAAGCAAAUUAGUUUCGGACGCACACAAACUACAAGACGAAAUUAAAUAUGUUGGAGAAUUAAAGCGUAUUGAUUAUGCUCACAGAAAAUUUGACCAUGACCAGACGUAUGCCAGAGCCGUGAGUAUGAAAGGAAAAGAAUACAAAUAUAACUUGUUUAUUCAUAACUGUGAACAUUUUGCUUCCGCGUGUGUCAAUGGUCCAGAUAACAUUUCUGAAACAGCGUAUAGCCAUAGCAGUAUCCAGUCAACAACGGGUGCAUGGUGUUGUACACACAUUGUUCUUACAUUUCUGCUGUCGUUAUAUUACUUUUUUGCUGUGUGCAUUUUUGCAUCUGCUAAUGAGAAUAAUGCCGAUUUUAGCUUUAUAAAACCGUUUGCAGAUCAUUGUAAAACGGGCUCUACAAAAAAAUUCAUUGCUACACGUUGCGACUGGGUAGCUUUGAUCAUCUUCUCCGCAAUUGGUGUGAUAGUUUUAGCUCUGCUAUUUUUCUGUCAACCAAAAAUUCGCGCUGAUUAUGUAUGCUCCAAAUGCAUUCGCAUCACUAGAAUUUCCUUUGUGGCCACAUUUAUCUCAUUCCUGCUGAUAGAGGUAUCCAACAUUUUCUUUGAAAGGCCGAUAUAUCUUAUUAUUGUCAAUUUUAGAUACAAGGGUUUGAUGUAUCUUUUUACAUUUAUGUUCUGCACUCUCGAAAGUCUGCUUGCUAGGUAUGCAUUGCCAGUUUUAAUUACAUGGGUAAUUACACGAGUUUGUAGCAUAUUAGAAAUAUGUGGUUUUUCAAAGUAUGACAGAAGUAGGAGGCAUAGGCAUGCCUAUGCCUAAUAAGGUCAAAUCCGUUUGGAAUUGUUGAAUGUUAUGGUUUGGAGACAGCAGAUUAUGUCAGGGGUAUAUUUCGCUGGGUAGUGUUGAACUUUUUAAAAUUAUACGUGUACGAUUUCCCAUACUGUCUUUAUGCCCUAUAGGAGUUUCCAGUAUAUUAAGUUACUUUGUGUUUACUGUUAUGUAUGCAUAUACAAUUGGUGCCAAGACUGUAUACUUAUAUACAGUUUAUACUUGAAUGGAGGUUGUUCCCAUCCUAGCUACAUUUGUUUACAUGCAUUAUAUUCCUUUUUAAUUAGAAGCCAAUCAAGAAAAAGGUUUGAUUCGAGUUUACGCUUUAAAUUCUGGCGUAAAAUGACUGAACACUACAGGGUGCAUGAAAACAGAGUUUAAAUUUACUGCUCUAAUCAAAAUCAUUGUGGGCUUAAUAAAAAGGAUUUUGGCAUUUAUGUUAACACAAUUGACAACUAUAGUUUAACCUAGAUUCGUACAAGGUUUGAAGCGUCGGAAAGGAUCGAAAUUAAUAAAUUAUUUCAUUGUUAUAAUUUGGAUUUGGUCUAAUGUUUGAACCAGUAGUUAGUAUUUUCUCAGCUUAUAAUGUUUUUGUUUUGCGUGCGUGUGUGUGUGUGUGUGCGUGCGUGCGUGCGUGCGUGCGUGCGUGUGUGAGUAAAUUAUCUGCUUAUUUUUUAUUGUGUCACAGAAUAUGAUUAAUGAAAAAAAUUAUUAACGUUUUGUAACAACCAUUUAUUUGAUAUGUUGUUAUAUAUGAUAAUCAAAAUUGUA